AUGUCGCGAUUGAACGAAGAUCAGAAAAGAGUCUUCGACAAGGUAUGUCAAGUUUUACAAAAUAAAAAUCAGAUUCUGCGAUUGUACGUAAGUGGCGAGGGUGGUACAGGGAAAAGUUUUCUUAUUGAAACGAUCAAACAUUGGAUCAGAAUAAAUUUGAAAAAAGCGACUGCGAUAUCUGCUCCCACGGGUAUCGCAGCAUUCAAUACCGAUGGCUUGACAAUUCAUAGAAUGUUUCAGUUGCCCGUCACUCAUGAAUCUACGCCAAAGUACGUGCAAUUGUCAGACAUGGUCCUAAAAACUUUGAGAGACAAAUUGAAGAAUGUCGAACUAUUUAUAAUCGAUGAAGUAUCCAUGAUUUCGAAUGUAACACUUAUGUUUAUCAAUCUACGAUUAUGUGAAAUCUUUGAUACGAUAGAUACGGAUGAUGGUUUCUUUGGCAGAAAAUACAUUCUUUUGUUUGGAGAUUUAUUGCAGCUUUCCCCUGUAAAAGGACAAUCUCCGUUCGUUAAAAUGUCUCAAUCAGAGGUUCAAAAGUAUUUAGGUACCAUGGGCGGAUCUGAUUUGUGGAGAUUGUUUGAUUACGACGAACUCUUGAUCAAUAUGCGACAAAGAUCCGACAACACAUAUCGCGAUAUACUUUCUAGAAUACGAAUAGGUUUGAUAACAAAUUUUGACAUUAAUGUUCUUCAGUCAAGGAAAAUCAAUUUCAAAGAAAGUAAUUGCGACGAAAGAUUGAAUGAACUUUGCAUUUAUAUGAAUCAAUUACCGAUUGAUACAAUAUGUUUAUUGCCCACGUGUUAUUUGUGUAAGGUUUUAAACACGGCAAUGCUCGAUAGAGUCGACGGCGAUGAAAUUCUAUUGAUAGCGGAAGAUGAUGUCGACUGCGGUCCAGCAAUGAAAAAAAAAGUGCAAAAAACCCUGGAAGACAAAGAUGACAAAGUUUCGGAAACAGCUGGUAUUGAAAGAGUUAUAGCGAUUAAAAUUGGCGCUAAAGUGAUGAUUCGACGAAACAUUGACGUAACUCUGGGACUUGUCCAAUGGAACGAUAGGCAAUGUAGUUGCAGUUAA